AUGACCUCAUCUUCAGGUCGGUGAGAGAGAGAAGGACAAGAGAGAAGAGAGAGAAAGACAGGAGGAAGAAAGAGGAGAGGGAGAGAGACAGUAAGAGAAAAGAGAGAGAAAGAGGGGGAAGAGAAGAAAAGAGAAGGAGACCUAGAGAUCGAGAGAAAGAAAUUAAAAGGGAAAAGGGGAGUAGAGAUGCGAUAUAGCGACAAAGGGAGAGCAUAAGAGAACGAAGAAGCUAUGAGAUUUUAAUGAUGAAAUAUAUAGAGAUAGAUAUAUAGGAGAUACCAAUAGAGAUAUUCAUUUAAUAUAUAUAAUAAAAUAAUAUAAAUAGAUAUAUAAUUUCUAUAUAUAGUAGAUAAUAUAUAUAUAUAUAUAUUAUAAUUAUUAUAUAAUAUAUUUAAUAAAUACUGGGACUUAGAAAUAUAGAGAGGAGAUAGAGAUAGAGAGAUCUACUGCUCUCUCUUUGUCUCCACUCUAUCUCUCUUGCUCUAUCACCCCACUCUCCCCCUUCUCUCUCCUUCGCUUUCUCUCUCUGUCUCUAGUUUCUCCAUUAAUAAGGUGUUGUUUUUACUGUGUGUGUGUGCUCUCCAGGUUCCAAGGGGAGGAAUAAAGGAGAGUUUACUAACCUACAGGGUGUGUCAGCGUCCUCCAGUGGCAGGAUUCUAAUAGCAGACAGCAAUAACCAGUGUGUACAGGUAAAUACACACACACACACACGCACGUUCGCACACACACAGUGGCAGAAUUUUGAUCGUUUGAUUGUUUGUGUGUGUGUGUGUGUCUGUCCCCCCCCCCCCCCCUCCCCCGGACAGAUCUUCUCUAAUGACGGCGAGUUUAAGAGUCGUUUCGGGGUGAGGGGUCGGUCGCCGGGGCAACUCCAACGACCAACGGGUGUGGCCGUUCACCCCAACGGUGACAUCAUCAUCGCCGACUACGAUAACAAGUGGGUCAGCAUCUUCUCCAGCGAGGGCAAGUACAAGGUGAGCACACAGGGGACAUACAGGUUACUUUUCAAUUUUGGAUCUGUCAGGCCAAGCUGUCCUCUGAUUGGUUGUGUUCUCUGUCUGUCAGCCCAAGCUGACCUCUGAUUGGUUGUGUUCUCUGUCUGUCAGCCCAAGAUGUCCUCUGAUUGGUUGUGUUCUCUGUCUGUCAGCCCAAGCUGUCCUCUGAUUGGUUGUGUUCUCUGUCUGUCAGCCAAAGCUGUUCUCUGAUUGGUUGUGUUAUCUGCCUGUCAGGCCAACCUGUCCUCUGAUUGGUUGUGUUAUCUGUCUGUCAGGCCAAGCUGGGCUCUGGUAGGCUGAUGGGACCGAAGGGUGUGUCCGUGGAUCAGAACGGACAUGUGAUCGUUGUUGACAAUAAGGCAUGCACCGUCUUCAUCUUCCAGCCAACCGGCAAGCUCGUUACUAAGUUCGGUAGCCGUGGCAACGGAGACAAACAGUUCGCAGGUGUGUUGAUGUGGAUGAUGAAGAUGAUGAUGAUGAUGAUGAUGAUGGUGAAGAUGAUGGUGGUGAUAGUGAUGAUGAUGAAGGCUCCUCUUCUCCUCCUCUCUCCUCCUCUCUCUGACCAGGUCCUCAUUUUGCAGCCGUCAACAACAACAAUGAGAUCAUAGUGACAGACUUUCACAACCACUCAGUCAAGGUAACUAAGCAACCACUCAGUCAAGGUAACUAACUUCUCAUGUCCACCCAAUGUUCAGAAGGUCUGGUGGAUCAACUAAAAGCCUCAAAUGUGACCUUUGUUAACCCAUUAGAAUGAAAAAGUCCUGAUCUUUGUGAACCCAGCAGAAUAAAGAAGUCCCGACCUUCGUUAUCCCAAAAUAAUGAAAAAGUAUUGACCUUCGUCAACCCAAUAUAAUGAAAAUGUCCUGACCUUCGUUAACCCAAUAGAAUGAAAAUGUCCUGACCUUCGUUAACCCAAUAGAAUGAAAAUGUCCUGACCUUCGUUAACCCAAUAGAAUGAAAAUGUCCUGACCUUCGUUAACCCAAUAGAAUGAAAAUGUCCUGACCUUCGUUAACCCAGCAGAUAUUGACCCAAAAGUCCUGACCUUCGUUAACCCAAUAGAAUGACAAAAGUCCUGACCUUCGUUAACCCAAUAGAAUAAAAUGUCUGACCUUCGUUACCCAAUAGAAUGAAAAAGUCCUGACCUUCGUUAACCCAAUAGAAUGAAAUGUCCUGACCUUCGUCACCAUUGCAAUUAAAAGUCCGACCUUCGUACCUCGAUGAAUGAAUGUACGCCUCGUUACCCAAUAGAAUGAAAGUCCUGACUCGUUAACCCAAUUGGAUUGAAUGUCUCUGACUCGUUAACCCAAUAGAUGAAAUCCUUGACUUGUGUUAACCCUGAAUUGAAAUGUCUUAAAUGGUGGUAUCUGUACCUUCGUUAACCAAGAUGAAAAGCCUGGGCCUCUGUAGCCAAUUGAAUUACAAGGUGUCCUGACCUGUUAGACAGAGAAAAGUCUGACCUGUCGUUAACCCAAUAGAGGAAAUGCCUCUCGACCUUCUUAAGCCCAAACGAAUGCAAAAGUCUCUGACAUUCGUUAACCAUUGCAAUGGAGAAACUGUUCCUGCUGUGUUGACCAUGAGAUGAAAAGUCUGAGACCUUCGUGUAACCAAAGAUGAAAAUGUCCUGACCUUCGUUGAACCAUAGAAUGAAAAAGUCCUUGACCUUCUCUAACCCCAAUUGAAGUCCUAUGUCCUGCGCUUCGUUAACCACAAUGAAUGAAAAGUCCGACCUUCGUUAACCCACAUUGCAAUUAAAAUGUACCUGACUUCGUAACCAAUAGAAUGAAAAAGUCUGACCUUCUUAACCAUUCGAAUUCAAAAGGUCCUGACCUUCGGUUAACCCAAUAGAAGAAAAGUCCUGCUUCGUUAACCCAUAGAAUGAAAAAGUCCUGACCUUCGUUAACCCAAUAGAAUGAAAAGUCCUGACCUUCGUUAACCCAAUGAAUAAAAUGUCCUGACCUUCGUUAACCCAAUAGAAUGAAAAAGUCCUGACCUUCGUUAACCCAAUAGAAUGAAAAAGUCCUGACCUUCGUUAACCCAGUAGAAUGAAAAAGUCCUGACCUUCGUUAACCCAGUAGAAUGAAAAAGUCCUGGUUGAAAAUAAAACAUCUCUCCUUCCCUCCCUCCCUCCCUUCCAGGUGUUCACCCCAGAGGGAGAUCUGCUGCUGAAGUUUGGAUCUAAUGGAGAGGGCAACGGUCAGUUUAACGCUCCUACAGGUGUGGCCGUCGACGUGAACGGGAACAUCAUCGUAGCCGACUGGGGCAACAGUCGCAUACAGGUACAUAUAUAUAUCAUGUAUGUACACACUGCCUUCAGAAAGUAUUCAUACCCCUUUGACUUUUUCCACAUUUUGUUUUGUUACAGCCUGAAGUUUAAAAUUGAUUAAAUGGAUUUGUUUCUCACCCAUCUAAACCAGCGGAGGCUGUUGAGGGGAGGACGGCUCGUAAUAAUGGCUGGAAUGGAGUCAAUGGAAAUGCAUCACCAUGGAAACCACGUGUUUGAUGUAUUUGAUACCAUUCCACUGAUUCCGCUCCAGCCGUUACCACGACCCCGUCCUCCCCAAUUAAGGUGCCACCAGCCUCCUGUGACCUACACACAAUACCCCCUAAUGACAAAGUGAAAACAUGUUUUUAGACAUUUUCUGCAAAUGUAUUGGAAAUUAAAUACAGAUAUAUGUAAUUUACAUAAGUAUCCCCCCCCCCAAGGUGUUUGACGGUAGUGGCUCCUUCCUGUCCUACAUCAAUACAUCAGCUGACCCUCUCUACGGACCUCAGGGUCUGGCUCUCACCUCUGAUGGACACGUGGUGGUGGCCGACUCCGGGAACCACUGCUUCAAGGUCUACAGAUACCUACAGUAG